GCUCUGCUCCCAGCCGCCUGCUCCUUCCCCGGGUUUCCCUCUGACUCUCCCUCAUCUUCCCUCAGAUACAACUCGACCAGCGACUGGAAGAGUAGGAAAGAAGAAGGGGGAAAAAAAAAAAAAAAAUCUGAUCGAGCCUUUCCGGUCUUCUAGCCUCUGGUUUCCUCCGCGGAGCUCUGGCGUUGGAGCGGAGGCAGGAGACGCGGAGAUUCAUCCGGAGCGAAGUGGAGGAGAAGGAGGAGGAGGAGGAGGAUCUGCACGGUUCCUCCAAAAAACGGGUGACGGCGUCGGGUAAUGCAUCCUGUCGGCGGUGUAAUGAGCUCGGAGAGGAGGAGGAGGAGGAGUGGUAUGUGAAGAGGAGGAGGAGGAGGAGGGAGUGAGCAGAAUGAUUCGGCGGCUGGGAGCGCACUCGGUUCUCGCCGCGGCCGCUCCGCGCUCUCCCGUCUCCGCGAAGCCGCCACGCAGCGCCUCUUCGCCGCCCUGUUGCACCCACCUCCGGCUGUUUGUCGUUACAUAACUCGGCGUUUUUUGUCGCUCGCACUGACUCCCGGAGAGUCGAGGAGGUUGGAGUGGGAUAGCCACAUCUUGUCUGCCGCCCCAGCAGCAGCAGCAGAAGCAGCAGCGAGCGGUCGACGCGGCGGCUGCGGUCAGAGGAGGGUUUAAAUCCGGACUCAGCUGCCUUCUGCAGUCCUGGACUGGAGGACUAGCAGAAGGACUAACAGGGAGAGGGAAGGGGGGGGGGGACGCACACAGGCUGGAAACCUGAGUCCAGAGGUGAUGAGGACUCACCCCGAGUGGAUUUCACUGGUGUGCUGCCAGAAGCAUCUGGAAAGGAUAACACGGGGAUACACUCCCCUCUCCUGAGGACCAGAGGAUAAUUCACAUCUCAGACGUUUCAGCUCUUUUAGCUCGUGUUUCACCGUGGAACACUUCAAAUCACGCCCGAGUGGAGUAGUUCAGAAGCAGAUUUCCUCCUCCUCCUCCUCCUGUCAGUUGGAUCAUGUUGGACACCUGUGACCCACGGAGCUGAGGCGACCAGCAUCCCGUCCGCGACGCCACGACAGCUCGGAGAUCCCGUGAGGUAUUUUUUUUCCUCCUCGUAGCGAUGCAGUGAGGAUGUGUGCGGCCAGGUUCAGCGGCUGCCUCAACGGCUGCGCCGAGGAGGCCGCCGGUGGUGCCGGGGGCCCCGCAGGUCCGGCCACGGCCUCCAGGAUGCUGGACUGGACGGAGGCGGGCCCCCGCAUCCUCCACAGCCUGGAGAUGGGCACGGUGAUGACCGUCUACUACCAGAAGAAGUCCCAGCGGCCCGAGAGGAGGACGUUCCGGAUCCGGCAGGACACCAGGCAGAUAGUGUGGUACCGAAACCCGGACAAGAUAGAAGGAGAGAUCGACAUUCGGGAGAUCAGGGAGCUGCGGUUGGGGAAGGGCUCCCGUGAUUUCGAGCGCUACCCGGAGGAGGCUCGUAAGCUGGACUCCGCCCACUGCUUCAUCGUGCUCUACGGCCUCGAGUUUCGCCUCCGGACUCUCAGCGUGGCCGCGUUCAGCGAGGAGGAGGUCAACAUGUGGAUCACAGGACUCAACUGGCUGAUGAUGGACACACAGAAAGCUCCAGCUCCACAGCAGACUGACAGGUGGCUGAGGAAACAGUUUGAAGUCAUGGACAGGAGCCACGAGGGCAGCAUCACGGUGAAGGACGUGAAAACUCUGCUUCCUCAGGUCAAUUACAGAGUCCCCAACAUGCGCUUUCUCAAAGACAAGCUGCAGGAGGUGGAGGCCAGGAGCGAUCUGUCGUACCCCAACUUCGCUCAGCUCUACCGGACGCUGAUGUUCGAUGCCCAGAGGAGCAUUAUUGAGCAGCUGGAGCUCUCCUUCCCUCUGCGAAAUGUCGACAGGCCAGAGCUUUGUCAGAUCUCCCUCUACGACUUCCAGAAGUUUUUACAGAUGGACCAGAAGGAGUCCUGGGCGUCGGAUCUGAGCCGCGUCAGAGAGUUUCUCACGGGCUACAUGAGGGGAGGGCUGCAGCCCGAGCCGAUGCUGCAGCUGGACGAGUUCCUGACCUUCCUGUUCUCCAAAGAGAACUCCGUGUGCGACCCUCGGCUUUCACCGGUCGUUGCGGACGACAUGAAACGGCCGCUGUCUCAGUACUGGAUCUCCUCUUCACACAACACCUACCUGACAGGUGACCAGUUUUCCAGUGAAUCAUCUCUAGAGGCCUACGCUCGCUGUCUGAGGAUGGGCUGCCGCUGCGUCGAACUGGACUGCUGGGACGGACCUGACGACCUGCCCAUCAUCUACCACGGCCACACCUUGACCUCCAAGAUCAAAUUCCUGGACGUGCUGCACACCAUCAAAGAACACGCCUUCGUCACAUCCGAGUAUCCCGUGAUCCUGUCCAUCGAGGACCACUGCAGCGUGGUCCAGCAGAGGAACAUGGCCACGCACUUUAAGAAGGUGUUUGGAGAUCUGCUGCUCACCAAACCGGUGGACAACAACGCGGAGGAGCUGCCUUCGCCCUACCAGCUCCGCAGGAAGAUCCUCAUCAAGCACAAGAAGCUGGUGGAGGGGACGGUUUAUGAGGAGGUGUCGUCAGCCAGCUACUCUGAAAACGACAUCAGCAACUCCCUGAAGAACGGCAUCCUUUACCUCGAAGACCCCAUCGACCACACAUGGACGCCUCACUAUUUUGUCCUGACCAGUAAUAAGAUUUACUACUCAGAGGAGACAUCUCACUACCAGACAGCUGACGAAGAGGAGGACGAAGAAGCCAAAGAGGAGUGCAACAACAACGAGCAGCACUGUGCCGAGCGCUGGUUCCACGGGAAGCUGGGCGGCGGACGCGACGGUCGCCAGGUGGCCGAGAAGCUCCUGCAGGACUACUGCGAGGGCGGAGCCAAAGACGGCACCUUCCUGGUCCGGGAGAGCGAGACGUUCGUCGGAGACUACACCCUCUCCUUCUGGCGCUCUGGUCGAGUCCAGCACUGCAGGAUCCAUUCACGUCAGGAGUCCGGCGCCACGCGCUUCUACCUGACCGACAACCUGGUGUUCGACAGCCUGUACCGCCUCAUCUGCCACUACAGGGACACGCCGCUGCGCUGCAACGAGUUCGAGAUGAGGCUGGGCAGCCCCGUACCGCAGCCCAACGCACACGAGAGCAGAGAGUGGUACCACUCCAGUCUGUCUCGGGUCCAGGCCGAACACAUGCUGAUGCGUGUUCCCAGAGACGGCGCGUUCCUGGUGCGGAAACGGAGCGAACACAGCUCCUACGCCAUCUCCUUCAGGGCGGAGGGGAAGAUCAAACACUGCCGCAUCCAGCAGGAGGGACGUCUCUUCAUGCUCGGCAGCUCGGCCGAGUUUGAGAGUUUGGUGGAUCUGGUGAGCUACUACGAGAAGCAUCCUCUGUACCGCAAGAUGAGGCUCCGCUACCCCAUCAACGAGGACACUCUGGACCGCAUGGGCACCACGGAGCUGGACUAUGGAGCUCUGUACGAGGUCCGCACCCCUCACUUCUAUGUGGAGGCCAACAAGAUGCCUACAGCUCGGUGCACGGUCAAAGCUCUGUACGACUACAGGGCUCAGAGGGAAGACGAGCUGUGUUUCCCCAAACAGGCGCUGAUCCUGAACGUGGACAAGCAGGAGGGCGGCUGGUGGAGAGGCGACUACGGCGGAAAGAAGCAGCUGUGGUUUCCUGCCAACUACGUGGAGGAGGUUCCCAGCUCCCCGACCCGAGAGCUGGACGAGGCGUCCACAGAGAACAGUCCUCUGGGAACUUUCCUCAAGGGCUUCAUCGAUGUGCCCAGCUGCCAUGUCGUGGUGCAUAAAGACGGGAAGAACUCGCGGCCCUUCGUGUUCACCAUCCACUCCCAGCAGCUCUCCUCUCACCCGGUGCAGACGCUGGACGUGGCGGCCGACAGCCUGGACGACGUCACCGGCUGGGUCGGCAAGAUCAGGGAGGCGGCGCAGAACGCUGACGCACGGAUGCAGGAGGAGAAGCAGAUGGAGAGGAGGAAGAAGAUCGCGGUGGAGCUGUCCGAGCUGGUGGUUUACUGCAGACCUGUCCCCUUCAACGAGGACAAGAUCGGGACAGAGCGGGCGUGUUACCGGGACAUGUCCUCCUUCCCGGAGACGAAGGCGGAGAAGUUUGCGACUCGCGGCCGAGGGAAGCGCUUCCUGCAGUACAACCGGCGUCAGCUCUCCAGAGUUUAUCCCCGAGGACAGAGGCUGGACUCGUCCAACUACGACCCGCUGCCCAUGUGGCUCUGCGGCUCACAGCUGGUGGCGCUCAACUUCCAGACCCCAGAUAAACCCAUGCAGCUGAACCAGGCCCUGUUCUUGCUCGGCGGAGGCAGCGGCUACGUUCCCCAACCUGACGUCAUGAGGGACGACGCCUUCGACCCUUUCGACAAGGAAACGUUGCACGUGGAGCCGAUAACCAUCCAGUUACAGGUCCUGGGAGCUCGCCACCUGCCUAAAAAUGGCCGCAGCAUCGUCUGCCCCUUCGUAGAGGUGGAAAUCUGCGGCGCCGACUACGACAGCUGCAAAUGCAAAACGGAUGUCGUAGCCGAUAACGGCCUGAAUCCCGUGUGGGUGCAGAGGCAGUUCGUGUUCGACAUCCACAACCCGACCUUCUCCUUCCUGCGCUUCACCGUCUACGAGGAGGACAUGUUCAGCGACCCCAACUUCCUGGCGCAGGCCACCUACCCCGUCCGCCUGCUGCGAACAGGCUACAGGAGCGUCCCUCUGAAGAACAGCUACAGCGAGGAGCUGGAGUUGGCGUCGCUUCUGGUUCAUGUAGAGAUCGUAAAUGCAAAGGAGGAAGACGACGAGAACAUGUACACGUCCAUCCAGCGGCUGCGGGACCGGACCAGCGAGCUGUCCACCCAGGUCUCUCUCCUGGAGAGGUCGGGCUCAGCGGACCUCAGCUACCAGCAGAGUCUGGAGGAGCUGCGAGCGGCUCAGGACCAGCUGAGCGAGCUGGUGGAGGCUCGGAACCGCAGGCUGAUGGAGAAGAAGAGAAGGGAGAAGCUGAGGCAGCAGGUGGCAGCAAAGCGCAGCUAAUCCUCCCCUCCACCAGAGGGCGCUGUCCUCCGCCCAAACCGUGCAUGACGCGCUGUGCUGCAGCCCCGACAUGAACAAAGCGGCUCUAGUCUCUACGGCAGCGACAUGCAAUCCAUUUAUAAUUGUAAAACAAACAGAAAAAAGAGAAAGAACUGCUCUGUGCUACGGAGGAACGGGCGACAAACAGAAACAUCUCAUGGACUCAAGAGACACAAAAAAAUAAAGCUAUAAAAACAAUCAUGGGCUGAAGGCUGAAACACAGGAAGAGCAAACUGGAUCUGCUCGUUUUUCUUUGUGUAAAAAAAACAUUUGAAAAUUAAAAUUUUAUCUGUUUUCCUGACAUUUCUUAGAUGAAACAACAAGAAAACAGUCGGUUGAUUGACUUAUAAUUAAACUUAUCGCUGAUUGCACUUGUAGCUGUGAAGAGUAGAUCUGAAUGAGACCAAAAAUGGAAACGGAUGCAGUUUAAUGGAAAGAAAUCUGAACAAAUGGAGGAACACUUCCCUACUUUAACAUAUUUUAAAUUCAAACACUUCAAAAUUUCAUGGAAAAAUCAAAGAGAAAUGACGUCAGCGGCUCAGAAAAGUUGCUCUCGCUGUGUUUCAGCCUCUAGUGAGAAAAAAACUGGAUUAAAAAAAGGAGACGAAAACUCAGGUUACAUAAAUGUGAGGAUGGAAAAAACCAACACUUCGACAUCUGGACGGACAAAGUGAACCGUGGGCACGCGUAGCAAAAAGGAAAUCUCCUGUAUGUGCCUUUUGUCGUUGCUCUUUUCUUCGUAAAUUCUUUUAGAAACGAAAUACAACUGGAAUGAAGUAGUCGCCCUCAAAGGGACGACUGCUCACUAACUAACUCACUAACUGGAGGAGGAACGUUUGGCUCGGACCACUACUCAUGAAAUGGGUCUUAAAGGGAAAAUUUCUUUCUUUCUUUCUCUCUUUUAUUUUUCUUUUUUGUGGGUGAUCACAUAAACUCCACCUCCUUCCUGUUCCACCUGGGAGAGCACAAACUGGACGAGCUGUGCCAAACGAAUCCUCACCAAACCGCCGACAAGGUCUUUUAAUACUUCUUCUAAGGGCUGUAAACGUACCUGUACUACCUGCAGAGGGGCAGGGUAGGUAGGUAGGUAGGUAGGGGGCCCUCGGAUGUCACCUGCACAGGGGCUCAGGUGUGUUCACCUUAUACGACAAAACAAAAAAAAAAUUAAAAAAUCAAGGGCUAUCACGGAAAACUAGCAAAGCACUCGGCCGGGAUUUACGCUCCAUCGUCAGCCGGUGUGGCUCCAGGUGAUCGGACCCACUGCAUGGCUGCAUAUCCCCGUCCCACCCCCGUCCCCGUCCCCAUCCCCGUCCCCGUCCCCGUCCCACCUUACACCCCCAUGUCUAGUUCCUCAUUGUAUAUAACUUCUUUUAUUUAUCAUGCAGGCGUAGACCCUGUUUUCAUAGAUGAAAGAACGGACUUCAGACUGAAGACACUGUAACUUUGUGUAGAAAUGAAUAUUGUGUUCCCUUUAAACGUCCCCAUAAUAGACAUGAAACUUCUAUGCAAAGGUCGUCCCCGCGGCCCAUAGCCAUCGCGUAUUAGACCAUUUGACUCCCGAGUUGUGUUUUUUUUCUCCCUGUACCUGCGCUAACUGUCCAGUAUUAUUAUUACUCCGCAUUAAAAAAUCCUGUGCAAGUUUCCAGUUAAUAAAGCUCUUUCAUGUA